AGAUAACUCGGUUCAAACUUCAGUCACUAUUGAGUGUUGCUCUUUGUGCUGUCUGUGAGUAGUCGCCGGGUGUUCCAUGCAGUAUCUGUGAACCAUGCGCAACGUAAUUAUUUUUGUGAUCACUGCCGCUACUUUCGUUUUAGAUCCGGUGGCUGCGGAUUACGCCCCAAUAAUUGAUGAACAAAUUAAUAUCGUCCGGGACACAGACAAUGACGAUGGAGCCUUAUACUUGACGCCAAUGAUCCGCCAAGGACAACUGGACAUGGCCAGAGCUGCGUGCAAAGUGAAGCCAGUUAAAGCCAAUAUUGAUAGUUAUUCUGGUUACUUAACCGUCAACGAUACGACCAACUCCAAUUUGUUCUUCUGGUUCUUCCCGGCGGCCGUGUCGCCGAAAAAUGCGUCUGUCUUGCUUUGGUUACAAGGUGGACCUGGUGCUUCCAGCCUAUUCGGUUUGUUCAACGAACACGGUCCAUUUUCGGUGGGUAAGACUCACGGGCUCAAGCUGCGAACACACUCUUGGACGACUACGCACUCCGUCUUAUACAUUGACAACCCAGUUGGAACAGGAUUUAGCUACACCGAGGACGAUGCUGGUUACAAUACUAACGAAAGUCAAGUAGGGUUGAACAUGUACGAAGCCCUCCUACAAUUUUUUACUUUGUUUUCCGAAUACCAGAAGAACGAUUUUUACGUUACCGGCGAGUCUUACGCUGGUAAAUAUGUACCAGCCGUCUCAUACGCCAUUCAUUUAAACAAUCCAACAUCAAACCUGAAAAUCAAUCUUAAAGGUUUGGCUAUUGGUAACGGCCUCAUCGACCCAGCCAAUCAAUUGAUUUACAGCGAAUAUUUAUAUCAACACGGAUUUUUGAGUGAAUCUCAGAAAUCAACAUUCGAAGAACAAGAGAAAAUCGCCCAACAACAAAUCAAGGACGAAAAAUACGAAGACGCUUUUCUGACAUUUGAUCGUCUAUUGAACGGUGACAUGUAUCCGUCUCCAUCGUUGUUCUAUAAUUACACCGGUAUGACAUAUUAUUUUAAUAUGUUGUGGGACAAAGAGCCGACACCAUACGGCGACUGGGAAACUUACAUACAACACCCGACAAUGAGGUCCGUUUUACACGUCGGUAACAGGCCGUUUAACAACGGUUCCCUUGUCGAGAAACACCUGAUAGGGGACAUGAUGAAAUCAAUGAGUUCGUGGUUAGCUACGCUGCUUGAUUCGAGGUUAUACCGUGUGUUAUUGUACUCUGGUCAGUUGGACAUCAUCGUUCCAUACGUGGGCACGACGCGUUUGGCCCAAGCAUUGAAAUGGAGUGGCGCCGAUGACUUUAACAAUGCACCCCGCACCAUUUGGACAAUCAACGGCGACGGUAACAAAACUGAUGUCGCUGGAUAUGUCACAGCGUCUGGACCUCUUACAGUACUGUUAGUUCGUGACGCCGGUCACAUGGUACCGGCCGAUCAACCACUGUGGGGACUUGAUCUUAUUAAUCGGUUUACUUCGGGGAAACCGUUUUAAUUUUAUUUAAAUGUAUUAUAAACAGCAUUGUUGACAUAGUGUAAGUCACGUCUGUGAUGUGAACUAAUUGCCUAAAUAUAAAAUUUCAUAUUUAGCCAAAAUUUGGCUCCUAAUUAAAAUAAUAAUAUAUAUAUAAAUUUGUAUGCACUAUCAUUGUCACUUUUAUACUUGCAUAAAAUAAUUUUAUAAGUUUGAUAUUUCCUUUGAUUUUGUACUAAAAUAAUUUUUACUUAAAACUAGUUUAAAAAAACCAGAAUAAGAUCGAGUUUUAGAUUGAAUAAUCACGUAAAAAUUAAAAAAAAAAUUUUUUGCUUUAAUUAUAAAACUUGUACGAAUCCAAUAUUUUUAGAUUUGAAUUAUUCGUUUCAAUGACAAGUGUCAUUAUCAGAGACACUCUAGUAGAAUUCAAUGGAAAUGUAUAAUCUAACAAAAAAAUAUAGAUAAACAAUUUUAUUUUGUUUAAAUUA